CUCGCAGUCUCGUUUCUUUCCACCUUUUCCGAACUCUGUGCUUGGAUCGCCCACUGCUCGCCAUGUGUACAGGAAAAUGCUCCAUGUUUGUUGGGAUCACUCUCUACCCUAUGGCUGCCAUUGCCAUAGUCUGCAACAUAAUCCAGUUUUUCCCGGGAUGGAAGACUGAACCCAUACAAAACCCAGGCGAUCAGAUGACUCCGGAAGUUCUGUACCUGGGGGGAGUCAUCGGAGGCGGAUUACUGGUCCUGAUUCCAGCCAUUCACAUCCAAGCGACAGGACGGCAGGGAUGCUGCAACAACCGCUGUGGGAUGUUCCUGUCAAUCAUCUUUGCAGCUAUUGGCUUGGCUGGAGCGCUGUACGGUUUUGUCGUAUCCAUUGUGGGCAUGGUGAAAGGACCAGUAUGCCAAUACCGGGCUCUCCAAAACUUUACUCAGCUCAAAUGGGGCCGACCCUUUGACUCGGAGCUAAAAGAUUUCAGCGAUGACAAUUACCUGUUCAACACAAAUAUCUGGAGCACCUGCGUCUACCCCGAAGAAGUGGUGGCUUUCAAUGUCGCCCUGUUCUCCCUGGUGCUGUUUGCUUCUGGCAUCUCCCUCAUCCUCUGUACCAUCCAGGUGUUGAAUGGGCUCUUUGGCUGCCUCUGCGGGACCUGCGGUGAUAAAAGUGACUUGGAUUAACCACUAGCACAGUUUCUUUUUUUUUCAUGCAGAUUGAGAAUUAUUUUAAUUUGCUGGCUGACCCAUCAGAAGCUCCUCCUCCCACCUUCCAUAGCUCCGCCCACCACAAAGGUUGAUCCUUUGGACCUGAGCACCUGUUAAUCUCUUGUGUGCAAUGAAGAGGGAAUGAAAAGGUGAUCUAUACACCAUGAGACACAAUGAAGGCUUCUCUAGCAGAGAGAAUUCUGGGAAAUUAUUCCAGAUGUUUAUAUAGGUUUUCUAUUCCUGAUUUUUUAUCAUGUAUAUUGAUGUUAAGUUGUGAAUAAACUGAGAUGUAGAAAUGUA